AUGGAUUUGAGAAAUCAAGAAGAGCAGAUAAGUAAGUGGCUCGAAGAAGUGGAAGAUAAAGAGGAGGGUUCGAAUGAUUCGGCCUCAGAGACGGAGGAUAACGUGGAGGAAGAAAUACAUAUCAACACCUCUGAUUCCGAAUUCUCAAACGAAUCUUCAGAACCUGAGGAUGACAUCAUACGACCAAGUAAGAGACAAAGAACUCAAAUUGUAGACUCUGAUGACUCUUUAGAGGAUAUUCAUGAAACUAAUUCUCCUCAAACUUCAAUCCAAGGUAACCAGCGUGUUCUUCAAGUAACUCCCCGAUUCCUUUAUGGGAAAAACAAACAUAAAUGGUCGUCUGUACCUAGAUCAGCUACUACUCGUACUCUGAGACGAAACAUCGUACAUUUUAUACCAGGUCCAAGAGGAGAAGCUAGGGAAUUACAGGAACCAAUAGAUUUAUUUCGGCUUUUCAUGACUGAUGAUAUGCUGCAACAAGUUGUGACAUUUACCAAUGCAGAGAUUAUUACUCAAAGGAAUAGAUAUAAACAGGAGUCUUAUACCGUUUCACGGACUAAUUUGUUAGAAAUAAAAGCUCUGCUUGUUAAUAUCAAUGCCUAUGCUAUUUACGUCUCGAACGACUUGAGAAAUAAGAAGAAGCCGACACUACGACGCGAUUUUGUCAUGAAGAUGGGAGACCAACUUAUGGACCCUUGGCUAAGGGAGCGAUUACAAACGGUGACUUUGAGGCGUAACAUCAAGAGGACGGGCAGACCUCGAGCGCCGCACGGCAUUAUACGUUGUGCCUCCGUCGCCGCUGCCUGCUCCAGUUCAAGGUACAUUGCUGGUCAUAUUACAAUAACGGUCAACAUGUCGAUCUCAGAAUUUAGACGGAAGAAGCUUCUCUAUGUUUUUAACGUAUUCUUUGAUGUCAAUCAGAGUGGAACCAUCGAAAGGAAAGACUUUGAAAUUGCUAUUGAAAAAAUCUGCAGCCUGCGAGGCUGGAAACCAGGAGAUGCUAAGCAUACGGAGACGCACGAAAUAAUGAUUAAAAUUUGGGAUGGGUUAAGGAAGAGGGCUGAUUCCAACAAAGACGGACAGGUGUCAGUGGAGGAAUGGGUUUUAAUGUGGAACGACUACGCUCAAAACCCAUCAGCUGCGCUAAAAUGGCAACAGCUUUACUGUCACUUCAUGUUUCAACUAGAAGAUGCUAGUGCUGAUGGUUCUAUUGACUGUGAUGAAUUUACUUCUGUCUGUUCAUCCUAUGGAAUUGAUCCACAGGAGUGCAAAUUAGCCUUCAGUAAGAUGGCCAAGGGCAAAGCCAGUGUCUCGUGGGACGAGUUUCAAGAACUUUGGAAAGAGUAUUUCUCUACUGAAGAUCCAAACGCCGCUGGAAAUUUCAUAUUUGGAAGAACCAGCUUUUAA